GAGAGAGAGAGAGAGAGAGAGAUAGAGAUAGACUGACAGAGGAGAGCAGGACUACUUGCAGGGUGUGCAGGCAGACACCAGCUGUAUUAAAGGAGAGUGGAGUGAUUGGGUGGAGGCAGAGGCUGGGAUUUUCCUUGGGUUGCAGCAGUCAGACAGAGACCCAGAGCAGCAGCAGCAGCAACACAGAGAGAGAGAGGGAGAGAGAGAGGGAGAGAGAGAGAGAGAGGGAUACCCACAGCCAAACCCACAGCCAAACCCCACACACAGCAUCAGCAGCAACACAGCACCAUGUUGCAAACCAGGACUGUCCUUUGCAGUUUGCUCCUUUUCAGCACUGCAGUUUCGCUGCAGGUGGACAUUAUGCCAUCCCAGGGGGAAGUUAGCGUGGGAGAAUCCAAAUUUUUUCAAUGCUCAGUGACUGGGGAGGCCAGCAUCAUCUCUUGGUUUCUGCCCAAUGGCGACAAGAUCGUCCCAAACCAGCAGCGUAUCUCCGUGAUCCUGAGCGACGUGUCUUCGAGCCUGACGCUGUACAACGCGAACAUCGACGACGCCGGCAUCUACAAGUGCGUGGCGACCUCCAAUGACGGCAAUGAGUCGGAAGCCACCGUCAACGUCAAGAUAUACCAGAAGCUGGAGUUCAGGAACGCGCCUUCUCCCCAGGAGUUCAAAGAGGGGGACGAUGCAGUUAUCAUCUGCGACACAGUCAGCUCCCCGCCACCCACCAUCACCUGGAAACACGGAGGACGAGACGUGGUGCUGAAGAAAGACGUUCGCUUCACUAUGCUGUCCAACAAUUAUCUGCAAAUCCGGAACAUCAAGAAGACGGACGAAGGGGUCUACAGGUGUGAGGGAAGAAUCGCCGCCAGGGGGGAGAUCAAGUUCAAGGACAUCAGUGUCAUUGUCAACGUUCCUCCGAGUAUCCGCGUGUGGGAGACGCUGGUGAACGCCACAGCGCUGAUUAAUCAGUCCGUUACACUAGUCUGCGAUGCUGAGGGCUUUCCGCAGCCCAAGGUCACCUGGCAGAGGGAUGAUGAGUUGAUCGAGGCAGAUGGCGAGAAGUACAUUAUGCGCGAGGAUGGAUCCCAACUCGUUAUAAACAAAGUCGGGGAAAAUGAUGACGGCGAUUACAUCUGCAUCGCAGAGAACAAGGCUGGCGAUUUCGAGAUGGAGAUCACCCUCAAAGUCUUUGUGAAGCCCGAAAUUACCUACGUGGAGAACAAGACUGCCGUGGAGCUUGAAGACCAGAUAAUCCUGACCUGCGAGGCGAAAGGAGACCCCACUCCAACCAUCAUCUGGUCCAAGGGCACCCACACUUACCAAGAUGGCGAGCAGGCUUCAUGGACAAGGCCCGUGACACAAAAGGCCAUGGAUGGACGUAUCGAAGUUCGGAGCCAUUCCCGAGUUUCUGCCCUGACUCUCAAAGACAUUCAGCACACAGAUGCUGGUGAAUACAUCUGCACAGCCACCAACGCAAUCGGACAGGACAUGGAACCUAUGUACCUCGAAGUGCAAUAUGUGCCGAAGCUUCAGGGCACAGUAACCGUCUACACCUGGGAGGGCAACCCUGUGAACAUCACCUGUGAAGUCCUCGCUCAUCCCAACGCCCAGGUUUCCUGGUUUAGAGAUGGCCAGCAUUUGCCGAGCUCCAACUACAGCAACAUUAGGAUCUACAACACACGAUCCACCACUUACCUUCAGGUGACACCCGAAUCAGAGAAUGACUUUGGUCCCUACAACUGCACAGCCAUUAACCGUGUGGGAGCGGAGUCCAAGGAGUUUAUCCUGGUGCAAGCUGAGACCCCCUCUGCUCCGACUAUCCUGGACACCAACCCCUUUUCCAGCUCGGCACAGAUCGAGUUUGAUGAACCUGAAUCCACGGGCGGAGUCCCGGUUCUCAAAUACCUGGCGGAAUGGAAAGUGAAGAACACAACUGACUGGAAUACCAAGCACUUCAGUGCAAAGGAUGUCCGAGGUUCCGACUAUGUAAUCACCAUCAGCGGCCUGUCCCCGGAAACCAUGUACAAACUUCGCCUGUCUGCCAUCAACGGGAAAGGAAUCGGUGAUUCCAGCCCAAUCACUGAGUUCAAGACUCAGCCAGUCCCCAUCACUGUCCGUGUCUUCGUGUCUGUUCCUGUAUCGGAUGAGCCAAUCUCUACCAUGUCUACUGAAAUGCCACCUUCUAGCCCAAAAUCUGACGUUCAACCAUCUGUAAGCUCUAGCGAUUCCUAUUCUUCCCCAACUCUGGCAACACGUCCACCCACCCCUUUUCCGUCACUUGAAUCAGCUCAAGGGGAGCCGAGUUCGCCUAAGCUUGAAGGACACGUAAUUGGCAACGGGAAUACCUGUAAGGUCAACUGGAUCAAGCAAGAUGAUGGCGGAUCUCCUAUCCAGCAUUACCUGGUCAGAUACAAAGCUAGACAUAACUCCAACUGGAAACCUGAGAUGAGACUGCCAGCCGACAGUGAAUAUGUUAUCCUUGGAAAUCUGGAAUGGAACUCGGAGUACGAGGUUUAUGUGAUGGCUGAAAACCAGCAAGGAAGAUCUGAAGCUGGUUCCUUCUCUUUCAGAACUUCAGUAGAGCCCACUGUCAUCCCAGAAGCUGACGCAUCCGGUGGGUCUGGUUUGGGAACUGGAGCUAUUGUCGGAAUCCUCAUUGUGGUCUUCCUCAUCCUGCUGGUUGCUGUGGACGUCACCUGCUACUUCAUCAACAAGUGUGGGCUGCUGAUGUGCAUUGCCGUCAAUUUCUGUGGACAGGCUGGCCCUGGAUCGAAGGGCAAGGACAUCGAGGAAGGGAAAGCUGCCUUCUCUAAGGAUGAGUCAAAGGAGCCCAUCGUAGAAGUGAGGACCGAGGAAGAACGGACACCAAACCAUGAUGGUGGAAGCCAAACGGAACCCAAUGAAACCACACCAUUGACAGAACCUGAGAAAGUCCCACUGGAGGAAAAGCCCAAAAAAGAGGGGAUCGAAGUGAAGACAGUCCCCAACGAAGCCACACAAACAAAUGACAAUGAGAGCAAAGCAUGAUCAAAACAAAAAAAGGAAACGUGAAAAAAAAAAUCAAAAAGCAUAAAUAAACCAGUUUCCCUUUUCAGUGUCUUUUAUCAUUUUUGAAACCUGUUUUUCUGUUUGUAGAUUUUCAGCUGAGAAACGGGGAUGGAAUGUGGCACACUUGCUUUUUUGUAAACUUUCUUGACUGAGAGAGUUGACCAUGGCAAACCGAAAUUGAUACGUGUUGAAAAGAAAAAAACUACCGGGAGUACGUUAAAUUGUAGUUAUCAUUUUUCACCGCGCUUUAGUAAAACUUGUGAUUUUUAGAGAGAAAAAAAAAACGUGUAAGUUCCUUGGUUAGAAAGCACUAAACAUAUUCCCUAUAGUUUCUUCCCAUGUCGGUAAAGUGAAGCGUUGAAUCAAAACGUUCUCAGUACAUACCUGUAGAAACCGCCACCACUGAUUUUUAUCCUGUUACUUUUUUCCAGCUAAAACAAAAAAAAAAGUUACUGAUUGAAACACAGCUUUAUAAAUUACCAUCGUAAGGUUAGAAACGUGUUUGCUUCACUGUUCAUACAAGUACAUUUUUGUGCACCAAGCAAUGCUAUCUUAACCUGUUUCUUCUCGUUUUAAAUUGUUUGCAAGUUUUGAUCCUGAGUUAAGCUUUUGACUAAACAGAAGGUUUGUAAAUUUGCAUCUGUGAAGUAUAUUUCAAUUUGCAGUAUUCGAUUUUAUGAAAAAGAAUCCUAAUUUUUUUUGGCCAACUUUUAUUUUCCAGUGUUUUGUUGUUUUAAGACCAUAAUUGUUUAACCUUUACAUGUUAUAAUUGUGUGUAAAUGUAACGGGCUUUGUAAUUUUUUUUAAAGGCUUUUUUUUUAAAAAACAAACACAUUAGUUUAGCCUGCUUGCUUUUGCAAAGGGAUUUUUUUUUUUUUUUUUUUGAAUGAUCGGGUUUACAAUACCUUUCCCCCUCCCUUUGUUAGAAUAUGCAUUGCUUGCUUGCUCUGCUAUCUGAAUAGACUUUAGUUACUUCAUAUGGGUAGCGCACCAUAUUACGACCAGUUUACUUUAUUAAAGUCUGAUAUACACUUCUGUUGUGUGUCCUUUCCCCCCUUUCUCAGUGCAAAAUGCCCUGCAUUCUUGUCAGUGCGGAAGGACUCAACGGGCACAUUUCUGUUCCUGAAGUAAUUUUUCAACCUCGUUUAGACUGCAAGCUUGUGCACUGUGAAUGCGUGAAUAAUAUAGUGUGAAACGUGUUUUUUGUCAUAGUAUUUCAAAGAGAAAAUUCAGCGUAGCUUGGUUGUGAAAGGCGUAGAAAAGUAGUUCUGAAGAUUGUGUGGGGAAAAUGCCGAACCAGAGAAGAAGAAAACAAUAAUAAUAAUAAUAAUAAUCAAAAGAAAAGGGGGCAGCAAACAUGUUUGGGCAUGAUUUCCAUGUGUUAUAAGUUUUUUGCCUGUAAUGUUUUAAUAAUGAUGGUAAGACUGGGAGCAUCGCCCUUUAUGACGACCAAAUGGGGCUUUACUGUUUCAUGUACUUUAAUUUUCUGUGCAGUCUCAGUCCAGUAAUGAUGGCAUUGCUAGUUUGUAAGUUCAAACUGUGAAAUACUGGUCUCGUCAUUUGCUUCAAGUGUUUGCAUAUAUUCAGCUUUAGGGAUGACAGUGGAGGUGGCGUUAUUAAUCUCGCAUUGAAUAAUCAGGACCUCACCUGCGCGCAGGUGAAUCCGCGAGACUUCAUCCCAUCAUGCUUUUGGAGACGUUCAUUAUUUCCAGCAAGCCACCAGGAACAAAUGGCAUUUUUUUUAUUCCAAUGCUGCCUUAAAUCAAGCCCUAUCUAGUCUAAUUACCCAGAGAUAUUUAAGCCCGUUUACUCGCUGUCAUUUUUUUUUUGCCGACAUUAAAAUGGGACCAAGUUUACAUAGGCCAUUGCAAUCACAUCGAUGGCCUAAUAGUGAAAGGUAUGAAUGUUUACUCCUAACGUGUGCCAUCUAUAGUGAAUUUUCAGAUGCCCUGGUAGAGAAUUUGUGAUGCGGUUUAUAUUGUAGGUAUACUGUGUGUCGAACUAAUUAGAGUAUAUGAUAAAAAAGGCCUUACAAUUUUCUAUUAUAAAACUCAAGGCUGGAUUUCACCUGUUAUAUCCUACAAGAAUUAACGUCUCCAACCUCCAAUGUCAUCCCUAGUCAGAAUACCCUGCAUUUAGGGCUUUCUCUUCUAUUUCAGAACUUUUUAAUUGAGUGAAGAUUAUACCAUCUUUCCACUGUCACUGGUGUAAAUACUGACUACUAACCAAGAUUUUUGACCUUGCAUUAUGUCAGAUACUUGUGUUCAAUAAAAAUUUAAAAAAAUAA